AUGAACAAUGAUGCGCCUACGCUCCAAGAGAUAAUUCAACUAACCCGUCAAGAACUUGUUACCCCGCAAAAGACUGAUCCCAUCCGCGAAUGUGGACGUGCUGCACUCGCGCUCCUUCCGGAGAAUCCUGAGCUCGGCUUGAAGCUUGCGUAUCAGAAACUGCACGAUGUUCCUUACAAAGAAGUGAAGACUUGUUGGCGGAGACUAUACACAGAUGCGACUCUAUGGAAGGUGCUAAAGCAGGCAGAUGGUGGAACAGAGGAACAGCAACAAGGCACGAUAGAGAGUGACUGGAUCGAUGAGGUUGUGAAAUCGCUAGAUAUGGCCCUCAUACUUGCUGGUGCACCUGCAAGAGAAGAGCUGGUAGAACUAUGGUUUGCAGCAUUGAAAACUGUUUUGGACCUAGAGCGACAAGCAGACGGUGCAAGCUCAGAACGCCCCUCGAAGCGACAAAAGUUAUCCUUGCCCUGUCAAUUCUCGCCAAUCGCUGAAAGGUUUCCCACAGAGCUUUCCAAUCCAAAACCAGUCCUGUCACAUCCUUUGCAACGAACGAAAGGACUCAGUCUGGAAGCUUUUCAAAGAAAAGUUGGCUCAACAGAAACCCAUACACCGUGUAUAAUCGAGGAUGCAAUCCAACACUGGCCUGCACUCAACGAGCGACCAUGGGCAAAUCCAGACUAUCUACUCAGCCAAACCCUCGGUGGAAGAAGAUUAAUCCCCGUCGAGGUAGGCAAAAGCUACACUUCCGAAGGCUGGGGCCAACGCAUCAUCACAUUCCGCUCAUUCAUGGAAACCUACAUGCUCCCUACCACUCGCUCAGCCCACCCUCCCAACCCUCUCCAAUCGACACAAGACGAGCCAGUAGUAGGCUACCUCGCCCAACACGACCUCUUCGCUCAAAUCCCCUCCCUACGCCUCGACAUCACCAUCCCAGACUACUGCUACACCGACCCCGCCCCUUCACCUCACCUCCCACACAUCAAGCCCGUCGCCAAACUAGACGAACCGCUAUUAAACGCUUGGUUCGGCCCUGCUGGUACCGUCUCCCCUUUACACACAGACCCCUACCAUAACAUCCUCGCGCAAGUGGUAGGCUACAAAUACAUCUGCCUCUACGCACCGAGCGAAACGCAUCGUCUAUACCCGAGGAGCGUGGAUGAAGUUGGGGUCGAUAUGAGCAAUACGAGCCAAAUCGAUCUAGACGAGGCGAUGCAGUUGUCGGUGGUUCCGAGAUUAGCUUGUCCUGAGAGCCCUGUGACUGGGGGUCUCGCCGCAGAUGAUAAUGAAGAAGAGAGGAAGCGUGAUUUUUUGGAACGAUUCCACGGGUUUCAAGAUGCAGAGUAUGUAGAGGGGAUUCUGGGGCCUGGAGAGUGCUUGUAUCUUCCAGUGGGUUGGUGGCAUUAUGUACGCAGUCUUACGCCGAGUUUUAGUGUGAGUUUUUGGUUUAAUUAA